AUCUAUAUUUCAUACAUACAUAAAUAUAUAAAAUAUAGAUAGAGCAUUGUCUUAAGGUAAUAUUAGCUGAGAUAAAAUUUUUCUUUUCCACGCAUGCAUGAUCGCGAUACGAUAUGUAUUUUCUUAUCUUAUUUAACGGUUAUCUUUUAAGAAGACGAUGCUCCAGCUUACAUUUAAUAUAGCUAUGAUUUGUAUUCAAUGCUGUGUGUGUAAUAAACCUUUUUGUCUCUUUGAUACGAAUAAUUUAUAAAUUGCCUUAAGACAGUUUAAAAAGUUUUAAAGAUAAAAUGAGAUACGUAUUAUACGUUUUCCAAUUAUAUUUACGAUAUAUAGUUGGAAAAUUGUUCCUAUCAGGAAAAUAGUUAAUGAUUACUAAUAAGAUAAUUACUAUAGAUCAAUUUUUUUUAUUACUAGAAUGCAUAUAAAUGACGUACAAAACAUGAGAAUAUAAAAUCUCAAAAAUGUAAAAAUGAUCAGAAUAAGUCUUUUCAUGUUAUGUUGUAACAAAAAAAAUUUUUGACCUUAUAUUAAUCUAUAUUGCAUAUUUUAUUUUUAUUUACACAUCUUAUACAUUUUUGUUAUUAAUACUUUUGUAUUAAAAAUCCAAUAACAUUUCCAAUACAUAUAGACAAGAAAUAAAGUUACACCAAGCAAUUUAUGGAACCAUGCAACAACAACACUCUAUCAUUAGGGUAAUGAGAUAAAUUACAUUUUCGUGUUAGAUAAGCGGCGAUGCGCUUAUAAAUUUAGGUGCGAAGAUUGCACGCGACGUUCUUAAUAUCUGAAAAUCGUGGAAGCAACAUGGCGCAAAUCAAUGUUGCUUUUUCGCUAUUAUGUGUUCUGUGCGGCAUAACGUUCUCUUUUGCCUUCGUUUUCGAGGACUGCGGUUCGGAGAUAGGAAAGAUGACUUCGGUUUCGAUUUCAACUUGCGAUGUGGCCGAUGAGAAAUGCUCAUUUCCUCGUGAAAAAAAGAUAGAUGUAGCUGUCAAAUUUAUACCAAGCAUUGAUGUUACGGAUGUCAAAGCAUAUGCAUUUGGUGUGUUGAUGGAUGUGCCUAUACCCUUUCCCCUAGAAAAACCUGAUGUCUGUAAGGAUCCGAAUUCUGGGCUUAAAUGUCCUUUAAAAAAAGAUCAGGAGGUUGAGUAUAAAAAUUCAUACGUCCUGGAGAAGAAAACGCCCACGUUGAGCAUCGAUGUUAUAUGGGAAUUUAGAAACGACAAGGACCAAAAGAUUAUGUGUAUAAAAUUCCCGGCGAGGGUUGUAUAAGAGUAUGGAAUUUUUGUAGCGAUUAUGACAGAUUAUUCAAGUGAACACGUUACCUAUACAUUAGUUUCUAAAUAAUAAAUCUCGCUACACUUUCAAUGCAUGUUGAUGCGAAUUUCACUUAUUGUGAAAUUAUGAAAAUAAUAAACAAUAGAAAAAAAUUCUUGAUAA